AUGUUUCAAAGAAUAUUUUACCUUAUAUCAAUCUUCUUUCUUAUUAUUAAUAAUGUUCAAACAACAUCAAUAACAAAACGAAAUCAUGAAGCUUUUCAUGUACUUAAACAGGCUAAAGAAAAAAUAAAACAUGGAAUACAAUGUCUUCCACCAUCGAAAUAUUUUGCUGGUUCAUGUUAUACAUAUAUGAAAACCUUACCAGCUUCAUCAUGGGAACGUGCUUAUAAUAAUUGUUUAUCAUUACCAAUGAUAAAAGAUGCUAGUUUAUUAGCUAUUGAAUCAAUUAAUGAAUAUGAAUUUAUUGAACGUGAACUUAUUGGAUUAAAAUCAGGAUCUGAAAGUGUUUCAGUAUAUAUUGGAUUACGUAAAAUAAAUAAUACUUGGUUAUGGUCUAAUGGUAUACCAUUGAAAGAAACACCUGUUUAUCGAUUUUGGGUUGAUAAUAAUCGAGAUAUUCUUGCAUAUGAUUGUGGUAUACUUUGGCUUGCUAGAAAUACAAGUGUUAUUACACCAGCACCAUGUGUUGAACAAGCUUUACGACCAUAUGUUUGUAAACAAAUAAUUGAUCGAUGUUAUAAUCAUAGUAGUAAUUGUGGUAAAUAUGGAAAAUGUAUUAAUUUACCACUGAUAAAUUCACAUAAAUGUCAAUGUCGAUUUUUUUAUACAGGAGAUCAAUGUGAAAAAUGGAGUAGUCAAGGUUUACAAGUCAUCAUUGGUGGUGUAAUUAUUGUGAUCGCAUUUAUUGUUUUAUAUAUUAUCAAUUUUGAUCGAUCAGAAGAUUCUUGGUCAUUUAGAAAAUCUACCUACGAACAAUAUCAAAUUGUUUCGAUGUGUGCUCGAAAUCAAUCUAAUUUCACAAGACAAUCGUCGAAAAAUGUCGAUCAUGUAAUUUCCAAUUCACAUUUAAUUAAUAGUUCUACACCAAAGGAAAAACAUCAUCGGUAUACUUCUUCAUCAAUACAAUUAGAUGAAUGUAAACUACAAUAUUCAUUUUUUCUUAAUAUUCGUAAUCUUUUUUUUAAACAAAAAAGAUUUAUUCUUAUUAUUUUAUCUAUAAUAUUAACAAUUGUUAUUUGUAUGAUUAUAAUUAAUGCACAAAAUUAUAUUAAAAAAAUUCUCAGUUAUUCAACACGAUUAUUUCAAUUUUGUAUAUUAUAUGAAAAUAAUUAUUAUCAUAAUUUAUUAACAUUACCUAUUGCUUUAGUUAUUAUUUUAUUAAUAAUAAUUAAUCAAACACGAAAAGAAUAUUAUCAAUUAAAUAAAGAAAAAUUUUCAAUUUAUAUUCCAAUACCAUUUAAUCCAUUUUCAAAAAUAAAUCGUUUUGAUACAAUGAUUUUAUGUGGUAUUGUUAGUCAUGAAAUACUUGAAAUUAUUGAAGAAAUUUUUUUUAAAACAACACAAAUUAAAUUACUUACAAUAACUGGUCCAUUAUUUGAUCUUAUUCGACAAAUUGGUCUUAUUAUUAUUAUUGGUCUACGUUAUUAUCCUAUUUAUUCUAUUAUUGAAAUAUCUCAUGAUAAUAUUCUUUAUUAUAUUUUAUGUUCAUUUUAUAUGUGGUUAGAUUUAAUUUUAAGAAUAUUUGAACAAGUAUUUUGUAUAAAUAUUAAUUCAUUGAUUCGAACAUGGAAAAAAUUUGAACAAUUUAAAAAUGAAUUAAAUACAAAAUAUGAAUCAAAUUCAUUGACUAUGACGACAUCAACAAUGUUUAUGCCAGAAUAUGAAGAUAUUCAUUCAGAAGUAUUUAGAGGUGGUUUUCAUCAUAGAAUUAGAGAUCGAUUAUCAUUUCGAGGAACAAAAUCGAUAAUAACUACAACUAUCGCUUCAACAAUUCAACCAUCUUCAAUAUCACUUCAUUCAUUAAAUUGGUCAUCAAUAGAUUUAAAUAUUUCCAUGCUUAUUCAUCAUAAUAAUUCUCAAUCUACAUUCGAUCAAUUUGGUAUUGAUCAUUCAAUAAUUUGUGUACUUAAAUAUGCACCUUAUUAUUUAUGUUUAACAUAUAUUUGUUUUCGAUUAACAUAUCUUCUUAUAAUUAAUAUUUAUCAUUUAUUUCUCUCAUGUGAUAAUAAAACAAAUUUAAUAAAAAAAUCAUUAAAACAUAUUUAUCAUAAACCAAUAAAUUCUUCAAGAGAAAUUCUUUCAAAUGAAUAUUAUUAUGUUCGUCAUUUAUUUAAAAAAUCAUUUAAAAUAUUAAUAAAAAAUCCAAAGAAAUAUUCUUUAUUUAAAAUUUUACUUUAUAAAAUUUAUCGACCAAAUAAAUAUUUUUAUUAUUCAAAACAAAUAUUAAAUAUAUAUAUGAUUGCAUUUAUGUUAAUAUAUUAUUUAACAUUUAAUAUUUUACAAAAUGGUUUUAAUCUUAUUGAAAAAUUUUAUAGUUUUACAUUAAUACCAUUAUUAAUUCUUUAUGAUGAAUUUGAUUUACCUGAACCAAAAUUAUUUAAUCUUAAAUAUGAAAUGAUUUUUGCAUGUUUAUUAACAGCAAUUAUUUAUUUUAUACAAUUAUUAUUUGGAAUGAAAAAUUAUCAAAAACAUAUGCUUGAUGCUUAUAAAGGUAUAUUUAUUGAUAUUCCACCACGAUCAGCAUUUAAAAAUAUUCGAUUUAUGUCAAAAAAUAUUCAUUAUCCAGGAUAUUGUAUUGCUUAUCUUAUUAUUGGAUAUAUUAUUAUAGGCAAUAUAUUGUUUUUUAUUUUUAUUACUCUACAUGUUUUAUUUAAACAUUUAUUUCUUAUUGAAGAAUUUGCAAAAAUAUUUAUACCUAUACUUGUGAUUUAUUUAAUAACAUUUAUUAUACAAUGGUUUUUAUCAAGAACAUUCUUUUUACAAAAACAUGGAAAAACGAUGAUAUUAAAAAAUCUUCGAAUUUAUUAUCUAUUUACUUAUUUCAAUUUUUUCUUUGAUUGUUUUCUUGGUAUAAUAUCUUGUAUAUUUCGUCUAUCAAAAGCAUGGAUAACUAAUUUUGGUUUUUUACCACGUUUGGAUUAUUGUAUACUUGGACGAUCAUUAGAAAAAAUGGAUUCAGGUUUUAUAUCAUACGCAUCAUUUAUACAUAUGGAAUGUCUUCAUACACAUCCUGUACUUGUUUAUUUUUGUUCAAUUGUUAAUGAACAUAUUAAUAAACGUUAUCAAUAUUUACGAACAUCAAAACAAGAUAUUUAUUUAUAUACAAAACAACAACAGAUUAUAUUUCGUUGGUGGUUAGCAAUAACAUUAAAUCGAAAUAGACAAUUAAUACAAUUAAGAAAAUCUCAAUUAAUGUAUUUACAAAUAUCAAGAAUAGAAAGUUUUAAUGAAUUAUUUGAAAAGAAAUUAUUGAAAAAUUUUCAACAAUCUAAAAUAAUAACAAAAAAUCAUGAAAGAAUUAAUUCAAAUACAAUUAUUCGUAAUCAUACAACAACUUGUACAACUUUAUUACUUGAUGUUGAUGAACAAGAUAAUCGAAAAUCAUCAUUUUAA